AUGGGUUCGCAAUUGCGAACCCUGAAGGUUCCUGCUUCUUUCGCAUUUGCGAAGUUAUUGUCGCAUUUGCGACUCCUGGAAUAUUCUGAGCACUUCGCAAUUGCGAAGGAAUGCUCGCAAUUGCGAGCAAGGUUGGCCAGGGCCUACUUUGCAAUUGCGAAGGGCCCCCUCGCAAUUCCCAAGAUCUCAGACAUCGCAUUUGCGAUCCCUGAUCUCGCAAUUGCAAAUGAUAUUGUAGUGAUUGAUGAGAUGCGAGAAGGUGUGAACGCGCAAUUAGAGGUAUGGAGGCAGACCUUGGAAUCUAAGGGUUUCAAGUUGAGCAGGACCAAGACAGAAUACUUGGAGUGUAAGUUCAGCGGCGAGACUUUAGGAGAGGAAGGGGAGGUGAGACUGGACUCGCUGGCCAUCCCUAGGAGAGGGAGUUUUAAGUACCUCGGGUCUAUUAUUCAGGGGGACGGGGAGAUUGAUGGAGAUGUCGCACAUCGUAUUGGGACAGGAUGGAUGAAAUGGAGACCCGCUUCCGGUGAUUUGUGUGACAAGAAGGUGCCACCGAAACUUAAGGGUAAGUUCUACAAAAUGGUGGUCAGACCAACGAUAUUGUAUGGGGCUGAGUGUUGGCCAGUCAAGAUUGCUCAUGUCCAAAAGAUGAAGGUAGCAGAGAUGAGGAUGCUAAGGUGGAUGUGCGGGCACACCAGGUUAGAUAAGAUCAGAAAUGAGGUUAUUCGCGAUAAGGUAGGGGUGGCCUCUAUUGAGGACAAGAUGCGGGCGAAGCGCGGCUUAGGUAGUUUGGUCAUGUGA